AUGGCCAAGCGCAAUGCUAGAACUGCCGAGGAUGUCGAUCGCUUCCAGAUGGAGCGUGUCUUCGAGAAGCACGACACCAACCAGCAGAUCUUCAACGAGGUCGGCCAACUCGUCGGGUCGGCCAUCAAUGGUCGGAACGUAUGCAUUUUUGCCUAUGGGCAGACCGGAUCGGGCAAGACCCACACUAUGAACUACCCUUGGAAUGAACCGAAUGCGCCAGCAGGUUACGUUGAUUUCGGCAUCAUUCCGCGGUCUGUUGAGAAAAUUUCAGACUUCAUCAACACGAAUCAAGGUAUCUGGGAGCUCUCGAUUAGCGGCAAGUAUAUUGAGAUAUAUGCCGAGAAGGUCUAUGACUUGCUCAGGGUGGAAACUAGCACGGUGAGAGGCAAGACAGUGUCAGCCGCGCCUGAAGUCAAGGUGAUGUACAGCAAGGAUAACGGACUUUUGGCCCAAGCCAGCAGCAACCGUCGCACUCGCUCGACCAAGGGCAACGCCCAGUCGUCCCGCAGUCACUCCCUUUUGACCCUCCAGAUUUCCGCUCGGCGUGUCGACGGCAAGGGUAAGCAGAAGACAAUAGGCCUGCUGAACCUGAUCGACCUCGCUGGCUCGGAGGAGCCUGAUAUCAAUGACAAAGCAAGUCAACAGGAGGGAAUCAACAUCAACCUAUCUUUAAGCGAACUUCGAAAGGUUCUAGGCCAAAUGGCGGACCCCAAGGUCAAGAACAUUAGCUUUCGCGGAUCGGUGCUUACCAAGUUGCUUCAAACUAGUCUAGGCACUGGGUGCAAGACGAUGAUGUUUGUCAUGUUGUCGCCUCUGAAAAAAGACAGCAAAGACACGAGGAGCACUCUACAGUUUGCCAUGACUGCCCAACAAGCGAAACUAAAAACUUCGAAAGCGCCUCCUCGAUGA